CUUAACUAGCUUCGAGCGCACAAGUUCUCAAGGCUGUAUCUCCGAAACUAUUAUUCAGAUCAACUUGAAUAUUCAGAACAAUAUUGUAGAGGUGUGGCAAAAUUUAAUAAGACAAUCGAUUAAUAGAUUUUUUGAAAUCCGAAAACCCAUGUAAUCCUUUAAGAUAACGGCAUGCUGAUUUCAUCGUCUCCAAAACGUUUUUCUUUAUAUAAAUUUUUCGAUGCUUGCGACAGUUAGGCCACUCUUGCUUUUGUCAAACGUUUAACGGUUUUUCAACUAAGUUCAGACGAUUUUCGAAGAGCCGCUUUCUAGCUCGCUAAGUGUGAGCGCUGCUCUUCUCUCCAAAAAUAUAUGCGAGAGCAUAAAAAUAAGUCAUCAAUUAAUUUCUAAACAAAAGAGUAUAGGAUAUCUUUAAAUUUUGGUGAUUAUAUCAAACCAUUGCAUUUAUGCAAGUUGCUUGUUCUAUUCACCAUAUACUAACGAAACGAAGUUAGCAAUGUUUUCAAAUAGUUAUAUCAAACUUCAAAAUCUAUCAGCUUACCACAUUUACUACAUCGAAAGCUACACUAAGUUUAGACUCACUACCAAACACUCCAUCACCAGCACCCUCAAAUACUUUCGGUCAGUAAAAGUUCUAAGUUAGUUCCAAGCGGAUAGUGCAAAUAGCUCGUCGUCUUGUUUAUUUUUUGCAUGCGAAGCGUCACAUUUUCAACUACUCUCAUCUAUCUAUCUCUAAUUUUUUGCCCAUAUACACUCAUAUACAAACAUAUACAUAUAUAUAUAUUUUUACUAAUAUUUGCAGCAUCUAUUUACAUACCCACCCACCAUUUAUAUCCAGCUAUUGACUUUUCAUAUACUAUUCAUUGCAUAACCCCAUACAAACUUUACUAUCACAAACUCUAUCUUCGCUCUAUCUCUACAUACUCUCGUACAUGCAUACAUACAUAUGUAUUUGUUUUAACUGUCUAUCUAACUGUGGCAUUGUGCAUUUGACUUUUAACCAAAUACUCUUUUUCUUUGCAUCAUACAUUUUGUUUAUAUAUAAAAAGCAAAAAAAAACUAUUAUUUACUCGUGUCUCUUAGUAAGUGCAUCCGAAGAUGAAGAACGCUUGGUACGUGAUCUCUUUCGUGGGUAUAACAAACUUAUACGACCCGUUCAGAAUAUGACACAAAAAGUUGGAGUAAGAUUUGGUUUGGCGUUCGUACAGCUAAUCAAUGUCAAUGAGAAAAAUCAAAUUAUGAAAUCAAACGUUUGGUUACGUUUGGUUUGGUACGAUUAUCAAUUGCAAUGGGAUGAGGCCGAUUACGGUGGUAUUGGUGUGCUGCGUUUGCCGCCCGAUAAGGUUUGGAAACCUGAUAUUGUAUUGUUCAAUAAUGCUGACGGCAAUUACGAAGUGCGCUACAAAUCCAACGUGCUCAUUUAUCCGACGGGUGAAGUGCUCUGGGUACCGCCGGCAAUCUAUCAGAGUUCAUGCACCAUCGAUGUCACCUAUUUUCCAUUCGAUCAGCAGACGUGUAUUAUGAAAUUCGGUUCGUGGACCUUUAAUGGCGAUCAGGUGUCACUGGCCUUGUACAACAAUAAAAACUUUGUCGAUCUGUCGGAUUAUUGGAAAUCCGGUACUUGGGACAUUAUCGAAGUGCCGGCCUAUCUCAAUGUCUACGAAGGCGAUGGCAAUCAUCCAACCGAGACAGAUAUCACAUUUUAUAUAAUUAUACGUCGCAAGACACUGUUCUACACAGUGAACUUGAUAUUGCCAACUGUGCUGAUCUCAUUCCUGUGCGUACUGGUGUUUUAUCUGCCUGCCGAGGCCGGCGAGAAGGUUACAUUGGGCAUAAGCAUUCUGCUGUCACUGGUUGUGUUCCUAUUGCUUGUAUCGAAGAUUCUACCGCCGACUUCGUUGGUGCUGCCACUAAUUGCCAAAUAUCUGUUGUUCACUUUCAUUAUGAAUACGGUGUCAAUUCUGGUUACCGUUAUUAUUAUAAAUUGGAACUUUCGCGGUCCGCGUACACAUCGCAUGCCCAUGUGGAUACGUACGGUCUUUCUGCAUUAUCUGCCCGCGUUUCUGCUCAUGAAGCGUCCACGUAAGACACGGUUACGUUGGAUGAUGGAAAUGCCGGGCAUGAGCAUGCCAGCACAUCCACAUCCCUCAUACGGGUCGCCAGCUGAACUACCCAAACACAUCAGCGCAAUCGGCGGCAAACAAUCCAAAAUGGAGGUAAUGGAGCUCUCCGACUUGCAUCAUCCCAAUUGCAAAAUCAAUCGCAAAGUAAAUAGCGGUGCCGAUUUAGGUAUUGGCGAUCAAUGUCGUCGUGAAAGUGAGUCAUCUGAUUCGAUAUUGCUUUCGCCGGAGGCCAGUAAAGCCACCGAAGCGGUGGAGUUCAUCGCCGAACAUUUACGAAAUGAGGAUCUCUACAUACAAACUCGUGAAGACUGGAAAUACGUGGCCAUGGUUAUCGAUCGUCUUCAACUCUACAUCUUCUUCAUAGUGACCACUGCCGGUACAGUUGGCAUACUAAUGGAUGCGCCACAUAUCUUCGAGUAUGUAGACCAAGAUCGCAUCAUCGAAAUAUAUCGUGGAAAAUAAAUCAAGUAUUUCUGCAAUGGUGGCGUGGCCAUUACAGCUGCUACUCCGGUAAAAAGCAAAAUUUGGAAUUCAUUGAUAAUAAACAAACACUCGGUGCGGGUUUUAUCACUAAUCCGUUGUUAGUGAAGAGAUAUUUUGCACAAAACAACAAACUUCAGCACAUAACGGCAAUAAAGUUUGAGCGAUUAUUCUUGUAUCACAUACCCACACACACACACACAUACCGCUCAUGCAGUAUGUGUUCGACAAUUCGUCUUCAAUUCAAUUCUUCGGUGUUAAGAAUUCUAUUAUUUUAAGCGUUUUUAAUUAGAAUUUAUAAGUAACAUAAACUUAUUGUAAGUGCAAUGAUUCAUAAGAAAAUUGUUAUGUUAAGCGUUUUAAGUAUUUAUGUAUUUAUAUGCUUAUAAUAAGGCUAGCGAAUUGGAAAUAAUUACGACAGUUGAAAUAUCUAGAAAAUCCGCGCAUAUUAGUGAAAUUACAUAAAAAUAAUAAUUAGUAACAAAUAAUAAAGAAAAAUGCUUCAGCUCAUAAACUUGAACAGUAGCGUGAAUUUCGCGAGCAGUUUACGAAACGAAAUUCGUUCUUAGAGAUUAAAAACCUUUUAUUAUUAAGCGAAUAAGUAAACGAUGGCAUAAACAUGACUUUGCUUUCAAAAUUGCAAAAA